CAGCGCGAUAAUCUUUUUCAACGAGAACGGCCAUCUUCUCUCUCCGGGUUUGAGAAGAGAAGUGUUAUAACAGAUAUGGCCGACUACUCGAACGUUGCUCCGCCGUCGGGAAAUGGCGCCGGAAUGAACGACGCUUUUAAAGACGCACUUCAGCGAGCUAGACAGAUCGCCGCUAAGAUUGGUGGUGACGGCGUACCCUCGGCGCCCUCGGGUAAUGAGUUUGGCUACGGAGGCCAGAAGCGGCCCCUAGAAGAUGCCGAUGACUGUUGGACCAGUCUAAACAGUAGAACCCAUCGGGAAGGGAUGAACUCUCCUUUCUCAGACCAACCAGAGACCAAGAAGGUGGCACCAAAUGACCCGUUCUCAGCAGCGAUGGGUAUGGGAGGAAUGGGAGGUGGUGGACCGCGAUCGUCAUCAGAGGAGUUCAAGGUUCCUGACGGGAUGGUUGGAUUCAUUAUUGGAAGAGGAGGAGAACAGAUAUCCCGCAUGCAGCAAGAGUCUGGAUGCAAAAUCCAGAUUGCCCCCGACAGUGGAGGAAUGCCUGAUAGGUCAGUCACACUGACAGGAUCCCCAGACUCAAUACAAGCUGCCAAGAGGCUGCUGACGGAGAUUGUUGAUAAGGGUCGUCCUACUCCAGCCUUUCACCACAAUGAUGCCGGCGGCCCUGGUAUGUCUGUUCAGGAGAUGCUGGUCCCUGCCUCCAAGGCUGGCCUGGUCAUCGGGAAGGGAGGAGAGACUAUCAAACAGCUGCAGGAGCGAGCCGGAGUCAAGAUGGUGAUGAUCCAGGAAGGACCUCAAAACACUGGAGCAGACAAACCUCUACGCAUCUCUGGGGAACCUUUUAAAGUCCAGCAAGCCAAAGACAUGGUGAUGGAGCUGAUCAGAGAACAGGGCUUCAGGGAGCAGAGAGGAGAGUACGGCUCCAGGAUGGGGGGAGGAGGAGGCGGGGGAGGAGGAGGAGGAGGUGAGGGCCUGGAUGUUCCUGUCCCCAGGUUUGCGGUAGGAAUCGUGAUCGGGAGAAACGGAGAGAUGAUCAAGAAGAUCCAAAGUGACACAGGAGUCAGGAUCCAGUUCAAACCAGAUGACGGCAGUACCCCGGAGAGGAUAGCCCAGAUCGUGGGUCCUCCUGAACAGUCCCAGCAUGCAGCAGAGAUAAUCUCUGACCUUCUGAGGAGUGUUCAGCAGGGGGGGCCGGGCGGUCCUAACGGAGGGGGCAGGGGGAGAGGCAGGGGGGGUAACGUGGGGGGUAACUGGAACAUGGGUCCUCCUGGAGGAUUGCAGGAGUUCACCUUCACCGUCCCUACCAUGAAGACUGGACUCAUCAUCGGCAAAGGAGGAGAGACCAUCAAGGGCAUCAGCCAGCAGUCUGGGGCUCGUAUUGAGCUCCAGAGAAACCCUCCACCCAACUCCGACCCCAACAUUAAAAUGUUCACGGUCCGAGGAUCACACCAACAGAUCGACUACGCACGGCAGCUGGUCGAGGAGAAGAUCGGGGGUCCAGUCAGUCCAAUGGGUGGUCCCCAAGGUCCUCCAGGGCCACACGGAGGGCCGUCUCCCCACGGCCCACCCGGCCCUCCUGGGCACCCUGCUCAGAUGGGUCCCUACAACCCCGGCCCCUACAACCAGGGACCCCCAGGACCACAUGGUCCUCCCGCUCCCUACCAGCCUCAGGGUUGGGGUAACGGCUUCCCCCACUGGCAGCAAGGACAGCCGGAUCCUGGUAAAGCUGCAGCUGAUGCCAACGCAGCUGCCUGGGCAGCGUAUUACUCCCAGUACCAGCAGCAACCCCAGGCCCCCAUGACACCCACAGGCGGUGCCCCUGGCACCACACAGGCCAACGGGCAAGGUGACCCCAAGGGACCUGGUCAUACUGGGCAGGCCGAUUACUCCAAGGCCUGGGAGGAAUAUUACAAGAAAAUGGGGCAGCAAAGUCAGCAACCACAGGACUACACCAAGGCCUGGGAGGAGUACUACAAGAAACAAGGUCAAGCGGCCCCUCAGGCGGCAGCAGCACCAGGUGGUCAGCCAGCCGGUCAGCCAGCCGGUCAGCCGGACUAUAGUGCUGCCUGGGCAGAGUACUACCGUCAACAGGCUGCUUACUACGGACAGGGCAGCCCACAGGCCAUGGGGGCACAGCCACAAGCACCUCAGGGCCAGUAAUGUGAAGUGGACAUAAAGUAAAUGCGACAUUGUGGAAACAAAACAAAACCCUUUGUUAAAUGUGUUGGAUGGUGCAGAUGCCUUGAAGAUCUUAAUUUCCCCUUUGGUUGGUUUUGUUUUCAAGUGUUUCACAAUAAUGUGAUGGCAGCAGUCUACCUAGAGACACAAACCUUUCAUCCUUUGCUAUCUUUUUGGUUUUUCGACUCUUUUUUUUUUUCCUUGUAAAAUGAACGCUUUUUUUUUUUUUUGUGAGGUAAUUAUAUGUUAAUUCCAGCCCCAUGUAUCUUCAUACUAUGUGGUUCAAGAGCUCCUGUUAUUCAGCUAGUUUACCAUGGCUAAUCAUCUCCCGUUUUUUAAAUAAUAUGCCUGUUGUGUUUUGCAAUAAAACAAAGUGAAACCUCCUAUGUUGGUAAGUUGGGUUGGUAAUAGCUAUUACAAUAUGAACUCGACUUCAAAUCGUGUACUUUUUUUUUUUUUUUUUCAAUGUUCAGUUUCUCUCCAACUCUACACAGCUCCUGGUAACUUAGUACAAUGUUUUUAGAUGUGUGUCCGUUGCUCUGCCUUUUUGACUUGGGGUGGGGGGGGUCCAGUUUCGGUGUUCUCCAAGGUUCUGUUUUAGGACCACUAUUGAAUAGAAUAAUUUACCUGUCUUUACUCUUGGGUUAUAUUAGUCUUUUUUGUUUUUUUCCCCCUUCCUCUCCGCCUGUAUUGUAGGACUAGACAGAUGUUUCUAAUACCAUAAUGUAGUAUUAGUGGCAUAAUGUUAUGAUACGUCUGGACUCAUGCAUUACCUGCAGUGUUCGGUUGUUGUGGCAUCUCUGUCAAACAACUGAUCGAAUCUUGUCUGUUGUACUGCCUGAGAAUCAAAUGGUACCCUAUUUCCUGUUUAGUGCACAAGGCUCCCUUAAGCUUUUGUCAAAAGUAUUGCACUAUAUAGGGAAUAGGGUGCCGCCAUUGGAGACAUCCUGAAGCAGACUUUGUUGAGGUAACUUUAGUGUGCUGCAUUAUUUUUAUAAUAAGAGUAACUUCCUCCUUCACAGCCAAGCUUAGACAAGCGGUAAGCAAAGCAAGUAUAUGAUUUUUUAUUUUUUUAUUUAUCCAAAAUGUUCCUCAGAAAAUGUGACUCUCACUGCAGAAAUGUUGCUUUAGUUUAUUAUUCGUAUUUUUUUUGCUGCUCCCUCUGUCUCUUCCAGGACAGGUAAACUGACGUGUUCUGUUCUGCUGUAUUGCAUUGCAUUCAAACGUUUGUUUUCCCCCCCUAAAAUGUAUACAUUUUCUGGCCUUUUUGAUACUAUAAAAAAACGUGAAAUGCAUAAGUCGUAUUUUUAUUUUUGCUCUGCCCAUGCAUUGUUCUGUUAGUUUACCCAACGGAAGAACGUAGGUUGUCUGUAGGGCCGAGGGGGUGGUCUGAGCUGGUCUGAGCGGUACCAUCAGCCAACAGGGUUAACCUCUGACCUCCUACUCUGUAAGUACAAUACUGUGACUAUAUAUAACAAACCCAGUUAUUUUCCUGGCUGUCAAUGUAUUUCUUUGACUGAUUAUUACAAAACUAUUGUUUCUGUCAAAUUGCAUAUUUUUUCCUUAAAAAAAAAUAAUAAUUUACUGGGUAAGUAUCAAAAGUUAUGAUAAAGUACAGUAUCUUGGAAUUGUCAUUUAGAAAUUUAUAAACGUUUUUUUUUUUUACCAUUUCGACAUAGAUUACAUUGAAUAUUGCAUUGUAGUUCUAUCUAGGCUCUGUUGUUUUUUAGGUAGGAAAGUGUUCUGUCGUAAUACCAGUCGGACUGUUCUGUUAGAACUCUGAACUGAAGGAUCUGUUCCUAGCAAAGCAGAAUGCUUUGCGCAGCGGUUCAUUUAGGAAUGUUAGAAAUCGUUAAGUGCUUGAUUUGUUUUUUUUUAGAUAACAAUCGUUUUUUUUUGAAGUGCCAUUGCUUAGCCAGAAUAGAGAUGUAAUUAUGAAUUUAUUUCAUCAAUAUUUGAAAAAGAAAUGCCAUUUUGAUUAGUCUCAAGAAUUUAGUUACUAUUAGAGAUGCAUCAUUUUUUCACUGCAGUAAUGGUGUGAUUCAGUCUGAAAUGUUCUAGUUACCCCCCCCCCCCAUAGUAGCAUUUUGAAGUUGUUUCUAUGCUGUUUAUUGAUGUCUCCUAUCAGCAUGUUGUUGGGUUGUCAUUCAGUAGAAUGUUCUACAAGUGCUUCUGAUUUUUUUCUAAGCGAUGAAGUUAUUCCAUUGACGUGACAUUCUAUUGAGUACUGUUGUUGUUCUGAAACAAAACCUUAAGGCUGUUUUUGAACUGAAAUGAUUGGCAAACGAUAUCAUAUGUGUGAGAUCUUUGCAGUAUCACUGUCAUCCCAGACCUUGACCCCUUAGGUUCUGCUGCGGUCACACAGGUAAGCGACCCUAAGGAAAACAGCUGUGUUCUGACCUAUCAUAUACAGGAUGUGUAUAUAUAUUUACACCCAGAUGGGUAUCCAUUUAUACUCACCUGAAUUUGCCUGAUUAUAUAUUUCUGCUUACCUGUGCUGUGUAGUAACACUAGCUGUGCUCCUGAUAUGAGCCAUGUCCAGGUAGGCUUCGUAGUGUUAUCAACAGUUGUUUGUUCAUAUAGAGUAUAUUGAUGAUAGUGCUGUGAUUUUGGUGAUGAAUGACUUGCAUGGUACAACUUCAGUUAUAUGGUUUGUUUUAGGAGCAGCAACGUUUAUCCUCUUAGGCCAAUUGCAAUGUGGUUUGAUGGCUUUUCCCACUUGACUUAUCGUAGUACAAUUAUUGCAAAAAAAGCGUUCUUUCUACAUGCUGUUUUAAGUUCUCAUUUUCUGAGGUCAUUUUGUUGUUAUUGAUAUUCACUAUCAUGAGGCAUAUUAUAACGCAUAACUUGGUAAGUCUCUGCAGUGUGAUCUGUGAUGCAUACAGCUCGAGCCCUGUACUUCCACAUUACUAUAACAUAAACUGCAAACAGUCAACAGUCAACUCGGUCUGUCAUAAAGCCAGCCCUAUGUGCAUAUAUAUCUAUAUACGUAUGUAUUAAUAGGUCUACAAACGUUUAUGAAAGUACACCUGCAUAUGAUGCUCAUGCUGUUCAACUGACUCAUUGGUGUUGACUGAAAGCUGUGAACUUGAAUAUACAUUCUAUAUUGCCGCUGCCACAAUGCUGCAGUGCUGUAAUGGUGUUCUCAUAAAAACCCUGCUGCCUGCCUCCCUCCACCUCUCACUCAGAUGCUGUUGGAAGCCAGAGAAGGUUCUAGAAGCCAGCGUAGGUUCUAGAUUCAGGAACAGGAACCUGUGAGUUUGUCCCUCACGUAAAGGAGACUACUCUGAGGCAUCCUUUGAGGCUGAUGAUCAAGGUGUAGGUGACCAUUCGAGAGCGCGCUCCAGAUAAGGUAAACAACCAAACAAACAAAAGCAAAGCAAUGAAAUACAGAAUUGUGUGAUUUGCUCAAGUUAACAUACUGUUUGCUAGUUAGGGCUGUAUUUUUAGUCCAGGUUUCCCUCGUCUCGUUAUAUAAAAAGUUAAGGUUAACAUGUCGUAGAAUUACUGCAAGUUGUCUAACUGAACUGAUGUCUAGUGUUUCUCCACAUGUUUUCAUGAUGAUUCUAUUGAUUGCCUUCCUUUGUCCACUCACCCGCUGGUUGUGUCCCAAAUAGAACCCUAUUCCAUAUAGUGCCCUGUAGGCUCUGGUCAAAAAGUAGUGUACUAGAAAGGCCAUAGGGUUCCAUUUGGGAUGCUACAACUGUCAUAACUAGGCCUUGUUGCAUAGUUGAAUCACCAAUGCUUGACAUCAGGAUUCUAAAGUGCCCCCAUUUUUGGUUGCAUAUGCUCCUAGAUAUUUUGUUGUGGACCUGACGGGUUUUAUUUUGGGUGUACCGGUGUGACCAGGGAAAUAAUUACCCAAAUAAUAGUUGUUUUAUUUAACUUAGCAAGACAGUUAAGAACAAAUUCUUAUUUACAAUGUCAGCCUAACCCGGAUGAUGCUGGGCCAAUUGUGCGCCGCCCUAUGGGACUCCCAGGUUGUGAUACAACCUGGAAUCGAACCAGGGUCUGUAAGUGACGUCUCUAGCGCUGAGAUGCAGUGCCUUUGUUCGCUGCACCCCUCGGGAGCCCUAAAUUGGCCAGUUGGUGGGGAUUCACUGGUCAGUUGUUUCAGAGUGCCCUGGAGGAGAAAGCGAGCGCAGAUUCAUUCAAUCUAAAGCCUACGUGUAAAGAAUACAUCAGUGAUUUCUAUUUCUUACAAAUUUCUGAAGACCUAACGGCAUGGCUGUCGGCUGCUUUGUGUAGCCAGGAAGUGAUGCCCAAAUAGUAAUUUCUAAAAGCUUUCCCCAAUAACUUUCCAAAUUAAAUGUUAACUGCAGCGUAGGCUUAACCGGCAUCGUGAUAUAAUGUCAAGGUCUUUUUGUUUUGCGAACUCUGCUAUUGUAUACAGUACAGAAACGCCGCCAGCCAAAACCCCUUUUUGAAGGUGCGCAAUUGAAAUUAAAGGUAAACUAUAUAUAUAUAUAGUUUACCUUUAUAUAUGUAUUUUCUUCCCCAGACCUCUUAAGUGGGCUCCUGAUCUACUGUAAGCAUUGCUGUGGACUUAGAAAAUUCUAUUUAUUUUUGUGAUUGAGUGAACCUUAUAAAAUCAAAAGGGGGGAGGAAAUCCCUCACCUGGAAUAACUAAACCAAGAGUUAAAGAUUUUGGUGUUACGGCAAAUUUUAUUGGCUGGUAAAAUAAAAAAAUAUAUAGCUGUCAGUGGCUGGUAGAUUUUUAUUUUUCUGUGGACAACUUUUUUUUUUUUUUUAAGGCCCUGUUCAUAAACCAGAUCGUGGGUCGUUCCAAAGCUGCUCUCUGGCAAUUUUAUUUUAUUUUUUUUUACAUUUUUGUUCAGUCAUGUUACCUCAACCUAGCUAGCUAACAACCUGGUUACUUUACCAGUAUAUCAAACAUCGGAGGGCACAGAGGGAGAGGAAGGGAUAGUUUCUUCAGGAGAUCAAUGAUCAUCGAACGAAUGAGUGACUUGCAUGUCUCAUCACGAACUUGAUGCUCUUAAAGAGACGGUGUAGAAUUUUCAAUAAUCUCAUUAGGUAGAAACCUAGUAUUCCAUAAAUGACUAAUUUCAAUGGAAGGUUUUUCAAUCAACAUUUUUUUUUUUUUAAAUCUUUCUCCAGGGUUUAAUAUUAGUUUCUAGAGCUCAACAUGUGCUUCAAAAGUAGCUAGAAUUUAAUUUAAGUCCCUUUUUUUUUUUAUGCUACCUCAAACAAAAUAUAAAAUAUUCUGGUGCUCCUAGAUACAUUUUGUUGCACCUAGCCUAACUUUAAGUUAGGCGCACCAGUGCUCCCACUGUUAAUUUAGACCCCUGCUGGAGAUGGUUCGAUGAGAAGUAACCAGGAACUGCUUCUAUUGUGUUUUUCAACCAUUAUGGCAGGAAAUUGUAGUUGGUUACUUUCUAGUUUCCACAUUCAUUAGAACCCAAAUGUCCCCUUUUUCUUUACUUUUUUCUUAGAACCCACAUACCUCUCUCUGCUAGUGAUUUGCUAUUUUUUGCAUUCUUUCAUUAAUUAGUGUAAUCUGUGUGUUAGAUGCUCUUUCAUCUCUGAGCAAAGUGUUUCAAAGCGUUUGGGGGGGGGGUGUAGAAGACUAAAUCAGAAGGGACAAAUAUGGAGCAUGCCUUUUAGAGGUAAACAAAUUUAAACAUGUUUCUUGUGAUGCCUUAAUAUUAUCAAAUGUAUUUUGUUUUUGUUUUGUUUCCUGUCUUUUAUGAAAUUACUGUAUCUUUGUUGCCCUGUCCAGUAAUAAAGUUGUAACAUUUA